AUGGACGAUGAACAUGAUACCACGAAGGAGAAGAAGAAGAAGAAGGGCUUCCUUGGCGGUAUUUUGCGCACUAGGAGCCUGGCGUCACGCGGGCUCAAGGCAUUUCGCCGUCGAGACGGUCCGCCUUUGCUUGGCGACCAGAGGAAGCAGGACAGGACGACGACGGGACAGGCGCCGCAUGAUGAAGCGCCGGCAAAGCUCAGAAACUUGCCGCGCAGGGAGUAUGGUAAUGGGGGUGAAGCGCAGCGCAGGGCCAAUGGCCUUGCGACGCCACGACGGCCCAAGGAUGAGGGUUCCGGACAGCGCAAUGGCGGUCAUGUGCCACGACGGGUCACCAUCGACGACGUGCCCCGGAACGGGGGAGGCCAUGUGCAGCGGAAAGUAAACGGCAACAGCAGCAUACCGCGCAGCAACGCUCGGACGAACAGACCGACGCCCGCGCCAUUGGCAGACGAGCAAGCGCCGUCUUCUAGGAGACGGCCGCGACGACCGAAACCUGCACCGGAAAACGAUGACGAGAAUCCGAGCCCGAAGAACAGGCCGCGCAAGGGGACAUCCGAAGAGGACAGAGCCGAGACGCCUCCACCGCCGACAUUGACGGAAUGGCCGCCACCGGGGUUAUCCAAACGGGAUGAGUUACUACCCCAACAUGCUAUCGAGCUUGUUGCCCGGGGCGCGCCAAUACAUAAAGGAUACAAGAGGGCCAUCCCUCAUGCACCAGACCAUUAUUACGCUCUGUACUCAACAACGUGGGGUGGCCGACCCGACGACACGGAUGCCGUGAGCCUCCACGACUCCAUGACAUCACUCAUGACGCUCCGUCUCCAAGGGCCGGGACGACCAGCCACGCCCUGGGAAUCCCUGGAGCAACCCAGCUGCGCCUUCAUCUACGGCCAACGGCCUGGAACUAUAACCCUCAACCAAUGGGUCUCGCUGUCUUCGUCCCUCCCCCCGACCAUUGCCCUCCGCGACUCAGGCGUCCUCCCCCGCAGCGUGGAUCUGUACCACGUCCUAGAGCGUCUGCGGGAGCUUCAGGAAGGGCUGGAAGACGACGACGAGAGCCUACUGUACAGAAUACUAUACAAGAGAAUCCUCCGCGACCCAGAACGCAUCCUGAACCCCCACAAGACACUCGACAAGCAAAUCACGGACUUGUUGCUCGUCCUAUCACGACCCGACUGGAUCGAUUUCACCGAGCCCAAGAACCAGGUCGUGACACGAUUUAUAUUCAGCCCCGAGGAAGCCAAUCCGGACGUAUACCGCAAGUUUUUCCAUCAGUUGCUUCUGAGUCUGGAGCUGGAAUUGAGAAUUCAUUCCAAGAGCCAUGGAGAGUGGGCGAGGGAGAGGCUGCUGGGACAGAUUCCGCCGACUAUAAGGUGGAAUUUGGCGCUGGCGAGGAGGUGGAGGGAGCAUGUGAGGGUGGAUGGGUUUGGGGACAAGCCUGAGCAGAGUGAGUUUUCAGCUUCAUUCCACCCACCCACGCCUGCCUGUGGCAUUUUCCCGUCGUUUCUCUUGCUCGGCUCAAAUGUGUCUUGUCUUGCGCCAUAUGCGUCGUGA